AUGGCUGGGUUAGAUGAGAUGUGGGUGAGGUUUUCUUUGUCGGAGGAAGAAGAACGUGGGGCAGAAGUAUCACAACAGAGGGUGUUGAUUGUCCAUAUGUUGGCAGGUAAGUUCCUUACAAAGAGGGUGUUGAACGUCGAUGUCGUGGCCCGCACGUUUAAACCCCUGUGGAAACUAAUUGGAGAGCUUAAGAUUCGGGACGUUGGCGACAACAUUCUGCUGUUUGAGUUUGAAGAUAAUCUUGAUCUGGAACGGGUUCUUGAAUUUGAACCUUGGUCGUAUGACAAACACUUGGUGGUCUUUCAAAAGGCCAUUGAUGCUGAGUUGGGGCCUUUGCUGGAUUAUUCUUUCACUACCUUUUGGAUGCAAAUACACAAUAUACCACCUGCCUUUGUUACUCAGGAAACAGGUGAGACUAUAGGAAGCACGUUGGGUACAGUGGUGCAGGUGGCGGACCUUGAAGACGACGGAACGGGGGGUGAGUUUUUAAGGGUGCGGAUUAAGCUUGAUAUCUCUCGACCUCUGCCUCGCUGUUGUAAGCUCUAG